AUUAGAAAGGCAGCAAAGUAAAAAGGGUUUGAACUUUGAAGUGUUAAGAAAGCACAACAAGGAAAAACUUCAAAAAAACUGUAGGAGAUAAAGAUUGGGAUUCUGAGCAACUAUUUGGGUUUCUUCUGCUUUCUUCUUCCUCCUUCCAACGGGGACUAGCUUACACCAUUCUAUGGCAUACAAAUAAUAGAAAAUGAAUCUAAAAUGUGAAAUCAUGUCAUGUUUCAUCCUCUCAUUGAACCAUGCAUGGAAAAUAGGAACCCUAGCACCAAAUCACCUCAUCUCCUCAGGGUAUCGACUGCUCUCAAGGGUGUGAUUCAAGUUCAGGUCGUAACAACAGAUGGUUAGGUUACUUGGGUACCAUCCUUAGCUGUUUAGAUGCUUUAGCAGCCAUUUCAUAUCCAUGUUAGUUUUGUGUGGCGCCAAGUUGUGACUUCCACAAAGUACCUGAUAUGUAAUUAUCUCAUCAGUCUUUUGUAGUUAUCAAAUAAAAUCCUGGGGCUUGUCGAGCAUCAGUGCUGGCUGGCUCAUCAUCAACUCGAGUGUGUCCCCAUCCUUCUCUUUACUUGUCUUCUCACCUGGAAUCCAUCAUCCAUUCUCCUCUGCUCUGCAAUCUCGGUCCGUUCCCACGAGUUCUGUGUUUGAACUCUCCGGGAUUCGAUCCCGUGACCUGUUUUGUUUGCUGUGUUUUCUUUGUGUGAGAGCUCAACUGGGCUUGAUCCUUAGGUCUGUUUGGAGUAGUCUCUGUAGGAAUACCACUAGGUCUCUCUGCUUUGUCCUUUCUGCCCUUGAGUUGCAGGUCGUUUCUGUCCUCCUAGGCUAUAGGCUGCCGUUCCAGGCUGUAGGCUGUGGAGUCAGGGAAACAACAGUCUACAAAAGUGUCGAGGGCAAGGAAAAGCGGGUUCUGUCUCGUCAUUUUUUCCUGCUGGAGGCCGCGUGCUGUUUGGGUGCUGCGUUAUUUCACUUGCGGCAUCAUCUUCAUUCUGUGAGGGCUGUCCUCCAUAGCUGGGGCUUCCUGGCUUGUGUUGUGACUGCACUGGGCAUCAUGCCCUGAGCACUGUGAGGCGCCUCCUCUUACCUGUGCUGUUGGGGAUAGGCAGGGUCGCCAAGGAAACCCUCAUUGCAAGUGUUUGUCGAAGUGGCAGCCAUCUCCUUCUUCAUUAAGCGCUGGUGUUCUUCUUCUUCGUCCUGGGAGCUACCCUGCCCUGUUGAGCGGACACUUCAUCUCCAUUGGGCAUCGAGUUUGGACUGCUGAGUGGCGUGGCGGGUUCAGGAGGGUUGGUGGCGCUUGAUGGGCUUGAUAGGUUGGGCGCAGGCCUGCGCCAUAGCUGUGACCUUGAGGUUGGGAGGAAGAAGAAGCCUCCCUUGUUGAAAAUCUCUUCUUAGUUGGUUUGUGGAUGUUAAUAACGUGGUUGGGAUUCUUGGAAAUAACAGUGCAUUGAUUGGCUGGAGGGAGCGGGAUAUUAAUGAGAAUUGAGCAAUUUCAAUUUUAUUUUGGGUUUAACCGUUUAAGUGCUUCCACUGUGUAUUCUCUCAUCCGGUGUGGUGUGAAUCCAAGAUCUCUUGUCGUUGCGCAUGUGUAUGGGAACAUGUGGAUGCCAUGCUGUAUCUCGUUUCAAUCAGGCACAUAACAGAGGGAUGCCCUUGCAUGCGAUCCCUGUCCCUCUAAUUGCAUGUAUGCCGCUUGCCCACUUUUUCUUUCUGCUUUCUUCCUUCUGCCCGCUCCACGGAUAAAGUGCAUGACAGCACAGCCCUGUAGAACAGUGUCAAAGCUGUGCUGGAAUGGUCGCAGUGCUGUGAUUGUGCUGAGCGGUCAUAAUGGGCUUGCCGCUCUGCACAAUGCUCAAAUGGUCACAGUGCUGCUCUGUAAGCGUGCCACGUCAGCAGUGCCACGUCAGCAACAGUGCCAUGUCAGCAACAGUGCCAUGUCAGCAACAGUGCCACGUCAGUCACAGUGCCACGUCAGCAGUGCCACGUCAGCAGUGCCACGUCAGCAGUGCCACAUCAGCAGUGCCACGUCAGCAACAGUGCCACGUAAGCAGYGCCACGUAAGCAACAGUGCCACAGUGCCACGUCAGCAGUGCCCUGCCACCAUGAUGGGCUCAGUUCUGGGCAUGCCAGGCCAACUGGCAAAUGAGUCCAUUGCCGAGUACCGACAGCGUUUUGAAACUCAGCUCGCACUAAUCGCGGCUGAGGAACAGCGCCAGCUGGCAGCCGAGGCUGUCCGCCUACAGGCUGAAGCGGCGGCAACAGCUGAGAAGCAGGGGUCCGAGUUGGCGAACCUCCAGCGGGCCGUACGGAGCCACAAGGCUCAGCACGAGGAUGCAGCACGGGCACUCAAUUCCCGUGUACAGGACUUGGAGCAAACUGCACCAAGACCGGAGGCUGGCAAGUCCAGCAGUGCACCCUCUGCCCGCCAACUGGAGGAACGAGUUGAUCACGUGGUCGCAAUGCUCGGCGACAUCAGUACCUUCGCUGCACCAGCCACCAUCAGCAAUCAGCUGGACACCUUGAAGACCGAGGUUCAGCAACUACAACAGCUGCCUAACAAGGAUAGCAACACCGUGCAGCACUACAAGAUGCCGACAUUCCAAAUCGAGAAGUUCGAUGAUUAUACGCAUCAAGACCCGGUCCUCUGGUGGGAGGGCUUUACAAUGCAACUUCGGAUUCUGUUCGUCGCCAAGCACGCGUACAUCGGCGCCCUGUUCCUCAACUCAAAAGGGCGGAUGCCAGAUCUUGUUGAGCCACCUGGCAACUGUCCACGGCGUGGCUGCUGUUCAGCCGCGAAGCAACAACAAGUCCCGAGGAAACGGGACGGUGAAAACCGCAUCGCCGGCCGAAAACGGACAGCCAGCACCAUGGGUCAAGUUUCACUUGACCGAGGCGGAAUACAAGUGGCACGGCCGCUACGGCUGCUGCUAUUGGUGCAACAGCACCAAGCACAAGACCUCCCAAUGCCCGGAUCAAGGCAAGGAGGAUGUUCGGCCUCGUAUCAACUCGGGAAACUGAGUUCCGCGGGAGGUGAGGCGACUCCGGCCGCCUUGCUAGUGGCCUCCUACGCAUCUGGGGAGGAUGCGAAUGUCGCAAGUCCUCGGUACACUUACGAGGAUUAUGCUGUCCACUUGGUCCCACCGUUGGACCAACCGCUCCACGUGCAACAAUCUACCGCAUGCACGGAUUCAUCACCAUCGACAACCGAUUCGGCAGCUUCGCCGCCAUCAAUUGCCGGGGAUUCAACGUCAUGGUCAAGACUUGAAGAGCUCGACCCGUUGACAUUUGCGGACUUCCAAUGGAUGCCCCUUCCUCGGUCCGGUCGAUUGCCAAAGCCGCAUUGCAACGUGCUCAGGGCACAAUUGCGGGAUUACUUGCACACUGUAGUACCAACUCCGUUGAUGGACGCCGGAGUAGAGGUUGUUGACCUUCACGCCUACAUUGCGAAGAUCGACCGCGAGUUCAAGACACAACGGUACGACGACAUCGACGCACCAUUGUUAUAUGUACGCAUUCAGAUCGGAGAGGCGACCUGCAGCGCUUUGAUCGAUUGCGGAGCAUCUCGCAACUACAUGAGCCAGGACUUUAUGGUACGCGUCGGCCGUGGCCCACGCGUCCGGGGGAAGGCCCAGCCUACGCAAGUCACGUUGGCAGACGGUCACACUCACAAGUCGAUAGACCGGUGCAUAGAUGACGUCCCCCUGUACUUUGCCCCGCAUGCAAGCGAGGCGGUGUCCUUCGAUAUAUUGGACGCCAAAUUCGACAUGAUCUUGGGCAUGUCAUGGCUGCGAAGCGAGGAUCACCCGAUGAACUUCUACCGCCGCACCGUUCACGUUCGUGAUCGGAACGGAGUACUAGUCCCAUGCACGGAAGCUCCUCCUCACCCUUCGAUCAGCUGCCACGUGGUGUCCGCCGCAAGCAUUCGAGCUUCCAUCAUCAGAGACGACAUCGAGGAGAUGGGGGUGUGCUCUCUCCAUCCCCUCCCGCCCCAUGACGCUUCAUCGACGGACUCAUCUUCGGACCCAUGCAUCACCAAGCUUCUCGACGCCUACGGCGACGUGUUCGAAGGCCCGCAUGGAGUAGUACCGGAUCGGCCCAUCCGCCACGAGAUCAUCCUCAAGGACGGGGCCGUACCUCCGCGCGGUUGCAUCUACCGAAUGAGCGAGGAAGAGUUAAGUGUGCUACGGGCACAACUCGAUGACCUUCUGGAGAAAGGCUGGAUUCGGCAUAGCUCAUCGCCAUACGGUGCUCCUGUUCUCUUCGUCCGGAAGAAGAACAAGGAUUUGCGGUUGUGCAUCGAUUAUCGCAAGCUCAACACGCAAACGAUCAGAAACGCCGGCCCUCUUCCACGCAUCGACGACCUUUCGAAUGACUGGGCGGCGCCAAGUUCUUCUCCAAGCUUGAUCUCAAGUCGGGAUAUCACCAACUCGAGAUUCGGCAGGAGGACCGCGUUUAAGACCCGGAGUUUGGACGAGCAUGUGGAACACUUGCGCACCGUUUUGGAGCGGCUACGACAAGCCAAGUACAAAGCCAACCACGACAAAUGCGAAUUCGCGCUGCAGGAGUUGGAGUACUUGGGACAUUUUUUGAUGCCGCAAGGCAUCUGUCCGCUUGCGGACAAGAUCGAGGCCCUCCACGUAUGGCCCGAGCCCACCAACACCACGGACGUUCGCUCAUUCAUGGGGUUGGCGGGCUACUAUCAGGGAUUCAUCACCGGAUACUCGAGGAUUGCCGCACCUAUGACAAGAUUACAAUCGCCAAAGGUGCCAUUCGUAUUCGAUGACGAUGCACGCCGGUCAUUCCAAGCACUCAAGACGGCCAUGCUCAUGGCACCCGUCCUUAGCAACUAUGACCCCACCCUGCCUACGAGAGUGACAACUGACGCUUCCGGCUAUGGCAUUGGGGCAGUCUUGGAACAACAAGACGGCGACGACUGGCACCCUGUGGAGUAUUUCAGCCACAAAGUGCCUUCCAUCAAUUCGCUUGAUGACGCAAGGAAGAAGGAGCUGCUCGCGUUCGUGAUGGCUCUCAAGCGAUGGCGACACUUCCUCCUUGGGCGUCGUAGGUUCACAUGGGUCACGGACAACAACCCAUUGACCUACUACAAGACGCAGGAUACGGUGAGCAGCACGAUCGGACGAUGGAUGUACUUCAUCGACCAAUUUGACUUCACACCGAAACAUCUCCCCGGCCUCUCCAAUCUCGCAGCAGAUGCACUCUCGCGAAGACCUGAUCUUUGCGCUAUGACACAUCAUGCCUUCGCAUUCGACGAGGAACUCCAGCAACACUUCAUCCGGGGCUAUGAGUCUGAUCCGGACUUCGCCACGUUGUAUGCGCAGCUAUCUUCGAAUCACCCGCCGACCAGCCACUAUCGCAUUGCCGACGGGUACUUGCUCCUCCACUCGAGAGGCAAGGACUUAUUGUGUGUCCCACGAGACCGACGUCUUCGGACUCGCUUUCUCGGGGAGUACCAUGACUCGCGACUCGUCGGCCAUUUCGAAGUCAACCGCACUAUUGCACGGCUUCGACAACGAUUCCGAUGGCCCGACCUCAUUACCGAUGUCACUGGGUAUUGCGACUCUUGCGAAGUUUGCCGACGAAGCAAGCCCCGCAAUCGCAGUCCCUACGGCGAGUUGCGCCCGAUGCCUAUCCCACAGGAACCCGGCCUCUCCAUUGCCAUGGAUGUCACCGGACCCUUUCCCCGCGAUCGCCUUGGGCACGGCGGCAUCCUCACGGUUGUGGACCGUUUGAGAGUCCGGCACGAAGAUGAAACCAAGUUGGGCUUGACAUCCACAGACGGAUGGGCAAACGGAGCGGGCACAUCAAACCGCUCAAAUGCUUUGUACGCUCAUCCGUCUGGACCAGAAGAUUGGGUUGACCGCCUCCCCGACAUCGAGUUCGCCUACAACACUUCGGUGCACCCGGCGAUCGGCGUGACUCCGUUCGAGUUGCACCACGGUGGACGGAAAGGCCGUAUCUUCGCCGACCUUCUCCUCCCACGACCAACCGACAUGGACGUCGCUUGCUCUCCCGCUUCCGUCCGGAAGUACAGGGAAUUGCUGACUCAAGCCCGCCGCGCGAAUAUGCAAAAGUCUCAAGUCCGCAUGCAGCAGCAAGCCAACAGGCGUCGCGUGCCAUGUCCCAUUCGCGCCGGUGAUCUGGUUUGGGUCUCUGCGGAAGAGUUUGCAUUGGAACAGGAUGUUUCACGCAAACUGCUUCCCAAGCGGUUUGGACCAUGGCCCGUAACAUCAGUCGCGGGCGAUGAGCCCGAUGACCCUUUAUUUGUGAUCAACAUCCCCCCGCAUCUGAUGGUCCAUCCAGUCUUUCACGACUCGAAGCUGGCAACAUACACACCAGCUAAGAGCGACGACUUCCUGGGCCGACGAUCGCAGGACCCUCCAUCUAUGGAUGGUCAUGAGGAAGUUGACCGCGUCAUCACGGAUCGCAAGUACGGCACUCUACUCAACGGGGGCCUUCCAGAUGCAGCGCCCACCAAUGUGAUGAAGAUGGUAUUCACCAUAGCCAGGAAGGGUGCAAGUGUUUUGGAGUUCCUACAGCCACCCUAUCGAAACACAGACCCCGCCAACCUCAACUUCAACUACAGGAGCCUCGCGAUUAUGCUGGGUGUCCAUUACUACGCGCACCUGCCCACUCGGAUGAACAGACCUUCCAGCUAUGUUGACGAGAACGGACACAUGAUUGAUCCCCCGACAUCAAUGGUCAUUAACGUGCCAAAAGUUGUGCAAAACGUACGGGAGAUAAUCGAUGAACAUUACAAGGCUAUGUGAGCACUGAGCAUCCUACAAGCAGUGCCCCCCAAAAAAAGGAAGACGAUGAAGGGAACUCUCUCCUGAGAAAUGGAACGAA